GCAACAACUUUCUCAGAUUGACACAAGAAUGGAGAGAAGCUGACGCACCGAUAUUUAACCGGACUGUUCACUUUCCUCCUCAAGCUUUUUCCUCAUGCAAUCACAGCCUACAUGCUGCAACACAACUGAAAGUUAGUUUGGAAACAGUUUGACCACUGAAGAGCUGACAAUCCCUCCUUAUUGUCUUUUUUUCUUCUUCCUUUUGGACACUUUAACCGCGUAAUUACGCAUGAUGCGCAAAGGGAUGGCUCCUCUCCGGAGACACAAAACGGGAGUACAACAUGUUUUUUAUGUCUAUCUCUCUAUUUCAGUGGCUUAUUCUUACAAUAUAGACUUAGAACAUCCUCUAGUGUUUCAAGGACCAAACUCUAGUUUUUUUGGCUACUCUGUGCUGGAGCAUUAUAAUGACAACACACGCUGGGUAAUAGUAGGAGCUCCUAAGGCAAACUCUACCUACAGUAGCUCUGUGCACUCUCCUGGAGCUGUAUACAAGUGUCGAGUUCACAGCAACCCAGACCGCCGCUGCACAGAGAUGGAUCUGGGAAGAGGAAACAAGCCGAGAGAGUCGUGUGGGAAGACGUGCCAAGGGGACAGGGAUGAUGAGUGGAUGGGGGUCAGCCUGGCCCGCCAGGACAGAGCCGACGGCAAAAUACUGGCCUGUGCCCACCGCUGGAAAAACGUCUACUACGACUUAGAGCACAUCCUUCCACAUGGGUACUGCUCCAUCAUUCCUCCCUCUCUUCAGGGCAGUGCGAAGCCGCUCAUCCCUUGCUAUGAAGACUAUAAGCAGAAAUAUGGGGAAGAGCACGGCUCGUGCCAAGCCGGGAUAGCGGGAGUUUUUACGGAGGAGCUGGUGGUGAUGGGGGCACCGGGGUCAUACUACUGGACUGGGACGAUCAAGGUGUACAACCUGACCUCUGACUCUUUCUACAGCCCGAACAAAGAAGACGUCGACUCCCACAGAUACAGCUACCUUGGCUAUGCUGUGACUGCUGGACACUUCUCUGCUCCUAAUGUAAUAGACAUAGCUGCAGGGGCGCCUCAGCACAGCGGCAGUGGAAAAGUUUACAUUUUCAAAAUCGAUGGUGUGUCUUUGGUGAAGAGUUUUCAAGCCUCAGGGAAAAUGAUGGGCUCUUACUUUGGCUCCUCAUUGUGUGCAGUUGAUCUGAACCAGGACGGCCUGUCGGACCUGCUGGUGGGGGCACCCAUGCACAGCCAGCUCCGGGAUGAGGGCCAGGUGUCUGUGUACAUCAGCAAGGGCAAUGGGGUGAUGGAGGAAUACAGUAUUUUGAGUGGUGACAAUGCUUUCAAUGCACACUUUGGAGAAUGCAUUGCCGCAAUCGGAGACAUAGAUGACGAUGGAUAUCAAGACGUAGCCAUAGGAGCUCCUAAAGAGGAUGACUAUGGAGGAGCCGUUUAUAUCUACCAUGGGGAUGCCACAGGAAUCAUCAGCAAGUACUCCAUGAAACUGUCUGGGCGUAGUAUAAACCCUGGUCUGCAGAUGUUUGGCCAGUCAAUCUCCGGUAAUGUGGACAUGGAUGGCAAUGGAUACGCAGAUAUCACUAUUGGAGCGUUCAUGUCAGAUAGUGUGGUGCUGCUGAGAACCCGGCCUGUCAUUACGGUGGACGUCUCCAUCUUCCUGCCCGUCUCCAUCAACAUCUCUGUGCCACAGUGCCACGAGGGACACCAGAACCUGAACUGCUUCAACGUCACCGUCUGCAUGCGCUUCCGGGGACGACAGCUGCCAGGACAAAUAGAGUUGCUCUAUAACUUGACCGCUGAUGUGGAUAAGCGUCAGAAGAGCCAGGCUUCCCGGGUCUACUUCACUCAAAGUGGAUCUCAGAUCAGCCAGAUGAGCCAGCAGCUCAGCUUGGACAUCAACAGGGAGGAGUGCCAGCGCUACACUGCCUACGUUAAGAAAGAUGUGAAGGACGUGUUCACGGCCAUCACGUUCGAGGUGGCGUACAGCCUGGGGAAGCAUGUGCUGACGGGACACCAGGAGCGAGACCUGCCCGCGCUCACUCCAGUGCUACGAUGGAGGAAAGGAAACAAGAUCGCAGCGAGGAAUGAGACUUGGUUCGAGAAGAACUGCCUGUCAGACGACUGCGCUGCAGAUCUGAGGCUUCAUGGGAAACUGCUGCUCUCUGGGUUGCAUACCAUAUCCCAUCUGGCCCUCGGAGGAGUGAAGAACGUCUCUUUGAACCUGACCAUCUCUAACGCUGGGGACGACGCCUACGACACCAACAUUUACUUCAACUUCUCCAGAGAAGUUUUCUACAUCAACUUCUGGCAGAAGGAAGAGAAGGGUAUUUCCUGUGAACUUGUUGAUUUGGACUUCCUCAGAUGCAGCGUGGGAUUUCCCUUCAUGAGAGCGCAGACUAAGUAUCAUUUUGCAGUGAUUUUUGACACCAGUCAGCUCUCGGGGGAAAAUGACACAUUGCAGUUCUUAGUUCAAGCAAAAAGCGCCAAUCCCGAGCACAAACUCUCUGACAACUAUUUGGAUCUGUCCAUCCCUCUGGUUCAUGAGACCGACACGACUAUUACUGGUGUGGUGACGCCGAGCUCCUUUGUGUAUGGAAACUACAUCGAUGCCUCGCGCUUCGUCCAGUUGGAAGACAUGGAGUGCAACUUUCAGCCUCUCAAUAUCACUUUCCAGGCCAUAAACAAGGGGCCCAGCAGGCUGCCUGGCUCCAUUGUGGACAUCAGGAUACCCAACCGGCUGGCUGGCAGCGGAGCUGACAUGUUCCACAUCGUUGAAACUCAGGUGGCAGAGGGCCGAGGGAACUGCACCCUUCACAGGAACCCGACACCGUGCACCGUCCCCCAGGACAGAGACAGCAUCUUCCACUCCAUAUUUGCCUUCUUCACCAAAUCAGGACGCAAAGUCUUGGACUGUGAUCGGCCUGGAAGAGCGUGUAUGACAAUCUCCUGCAGUCUGGGCCCACAAUUAAAAGAAGAAGCUCUGAGCAUAGAUAUGAAACUUCUACUCAACACUGAAAUUCUCAAGAGGGAUAGUUCCUCUGUGAUCCAGUUUGUGACGAGGGGCAGUGUGCAAGUAAAUGAGAGGGCAGUGGAGGUGCCAAACGGCCUGCCAGAGGACAUUUCUCUGGUGUUCGAGGCUCUCCACAGUCAGGAGCCGAGGGGUUACGUCGUCGGUUGGAUCAUCGCCAUCAGUCUGCUGGUGGGAAUCCUCAUCUUUUUGCUGUUAGCUGUGCUACUCUGGAAGAUGGGAUUCUUCCGUCGGCGCUACAGAGAGAUCAUCGAGGCUGAAAAGAACAGGAAGGACAGCGAUGAAAGCUGGGACUGGAUGGAAAAGAACCACUGAGACUCGUGGUGGGGGUCCCACAGGAGCCAAUGAGAUUAGGGAUUGGGUCAGGAAGGAUCCAAUAGCACGUGGUCUCGCAGCCCAGCCGCCCCAGUGGCACCAGGCCCUUCAGUCUUCCAUAUGUGGAAGAGAAGAAUAUUCUCCAUAUUUUUUGGAGACUUGAUAGUUUUUUUGCGGGUGGGGGUGGGGGGGUCCAGGAAACAGGCUUCUGAGGUGACAGUGUGGCUUGCCAGAGGACACUUGCUGUGGAAAUUCAGCUAAUCUCGACGGAGAGCGGAGCUGUUGAUGGAGAACCACAUCCGUGCGGGGAUGUGGGGCGACGGCAUGAGUACUGGUGGACAACAAAACCCUCAGGGCUGUGUUACAUAGCAAAUUUAUUUUUAUACAUACACUUUAAGCCAUAUUGUAUAAAAACUGGGCUUCGAGAAGAGAUGGGGGUUUGAAGGCCAUUAUAAACAUACUGUACCUACAGAAUGUUUUCCCAAAAGCACUGAUGUUUGAUAAGACUGAAUGCCUUGGCUCCAUAGCUUUACUUCUUAUGCCAAAGAUAUGUCCUGUACAGUAUAUGAUUGGAGUCGUUUGUAUAUUCAGUUCUUCCUGGGAGUGAAAGAUUGUAUCUUUUCUGUACUAUUUCCGGCUUAUGAAUAUAUCUGUUUUACACAUCUGACUGCCCCUCCCUCACACAGAUAAUCAGCCGGAGCUAAUUCGGAGUUUCGGACCCACGCACACAACGAUUCAAAACGCCGUGUCUUCACGUCAUCCGCUAGAGUUGUCCCAGAGGCGCUGAGGGUCCAGUAAAAGCGCUCCAUGAGGUCAUUAGCAUCUAGUUCAGGAUGUGGUAAUCAACCGCACUGUGGAGUUCUCUAUUAACACUUUAUUUGCCAUGUUUCCUUUAUUAUCCACGCCUGAAAUGCAGCAGCUGUGAAUGAUACCAUUAUUCACAUUGCAAGCUUUUCCACAAGCAUUCCUUUAGUUAUGGUCUGGCUUUUUAACCGAUGGUUUGUAGGUGAUAAAAAUGGGAUGUAACAACGAGAUUUUGUCAGAUUUAAAUUUGAAUCUCUUGCAAUGCUUUGAAUGAACACAUGUUUUGAAAGUGCAAUGUGCAGGAGUAGAGAGAGAGUUAUCUGAAGCUGCUUUUGCAUGAAUGAUUGCUCAGGUAUGCAGUUGACUGUUUAGAUGGACCCCCAAAAGUUUCCAUGUUCAAGUGAAGAUGUGAUUCACUAUGUGUCACGACACGAGACCUGAUUUGAUUUAUUCCCAAACCCUUUCCAGACUUCACCCUAAGCAGACCAUAUUUAAUUUUACUAUUAUGUUAUUAGGCAUCAGGUUUUAGCGUGAAAUAUGAGAUGCAUUACUCUCCACGGCCAGAUGAAAGUGUGCGAUGGGAGUCCACCUACAGUCAUUUAACGGGGGCCCAUGGCAAUGAGUAAUGCCCCAAAAAUAGGUGGGAAUGUGCUGCACUCAAUCACUACACAUAAACGAGCUCUUUGGGGCUCAUGGGAAAAAGCUCAUUUUAAGUCAACAUUGAGGAAUGUCAGCUCCCCGACAAAUCUGCCACUAUUAAAGCUCACAGCUCCUCAGUACUCAGAUGUUUACCCCACAUGUUGUUGAGAGUCUUUUUUAAAGCCGGGUUUGAUUGUGAGUGAAAGUUUGCAGAACGCAUUUUAUAUUAAAUGUCCCUAAAGAAAUACGAAUAUUAACUAUUUUAUACAUUUGUAGAGCUUUAAUCGCUAAAUAUCAUGAAUUAAAAAAAGUAAAUAAUGCAUUAAAAAAUAACAUUUUGAAGAAUUUAUCAAUGAAAUUUGGUGAUGAUUAUAUUAAGACAGAUAUUUUGCAGUAGACCUGAGUCAGAUUUAAACGUGCAAUUCCAAAGAACAAAAACUAUAUUUUAAUAUGUUUCAGUGCUAAGACACUUUAUGGCUCACUAUGAUCGCUUGGCUCUCUAUUUUGUUCUGUAUGAAUCUUUUAUUGAACCUUUAUUUUACCAUUUAAGUCCACUGGCAUGACGGCAUAUACUGUACACAUUCACGUCUUCCCUCUGCAUCCGUCUGUAUGCAGAGAAACCGACACUUGACAUUUUUAUUGCUAAAUUUGAACUGUGAUGGUUAUAUUGCGUUUGUAUGUUUGUUAAUCACACCGUUAUUUGGGGUUUUUGUUCCGAGUAUACUACUGUCACUGAAUACCAUUUCCAUUAUAGUGUGCUGUAUGUUUGAUGUUUAAAGUCAUGUUGGAGCUGUAUAUUUAUCUGUUGAUAAAUUUUAGAG